GUGCCAAGGGCGAGCCUAGGACCUGGCGAGCUCCAUUGAGCAAAGGUCUCGGUGGCAUGGUGGGCGCCCAUGCUUGGGUGAGCUCGGUUGGGCAUACGGCUAAGGCUCCGAGUGCAUGUGUGGGCGAAGUGGGGGAGGAAGCCCAGGCGGGAAUCGAGGAGGCGGUUCAGUUGCUAGGCGAGCUAGUUGUUUGUGCGAAAGGAGUGUUGGGUCUGCCCGUUGUUGGCGUAGUGGAGGUGUUGAGGUUGGGGCGAGCAAGCUAUCUAGGCUAG